AUGGUAGUAACCAACGGCUCAAGAUUGGUGUUGGUGGUAUGGAUAUUUUUGGCCUUAAUUUUGAUGCAGAGUUACACAGCAAAUUUAUCUUCAAUCUUGACAGUCAAUCAAUUACAGCCAACAAUCCCGAGUAUUAAAGAACUGAGAAAAUCUUAUGUUGGUUACCAGAAUCAUUCAUUUGUAAAAGGCUUCCUAAUAAAUCAAUUAGGGUUUCAGGAGUCUAUGCUCAAGCCAUAUUGUUCUGUUGAUGACUACCAAGAAGCAUUGUCAAAGGGAUCUGAAAAUGAGGGAGUUUCAGCCAUCUUUGAUGAAAUUCCCUACAUUAAACUAUUUCUUGCUCAAUAUACUACAGGCUAUCUCAUGGUUGGGCCCACCUAUAGAACAGAUGGGUUAGGAUUUGCAUUACCAAUAGGUUCGCCAAUGGUUGCUAAUUUCUCAAGGGCAAUCCUGAAUUUCACUCAACGAAAAUACAUGAAUUCAUUGGAGAAAAAGUACUUUGGCAUGGUAUCCAUAGAUCAAGACGAGACUGGGGCAGUCUCUUCAGCUAGCCCCAGUCUUACUUCAAGGAGUUUUGCUGGCCUCUUUAUCAUUAUUUCCAUCAUUGUACUUUUAGCCUUGCUUAGCUCAAAAAUCCAUAUCUUACGAAGGCUCAUCCAAAGAUACAUCUUUAGCAAUUCUGGUGAUAUUGCUCAUCCUCCACAAAUCAACAACGUUGAAGAAAAUCACAAUUCUAACCAGAAUAAUAGAGAUGAAUCUAUAGAAGAAGGUAUACUGGAAGGUCGCUCAUCAUAG